AUGAAUAAUAACAGAAAUAUUGGUAAAAGCGAUUUAUCCACUAACAUUGGUAAUGGUGGUAAUGGAGCCAACAAUAAAAUAACCAAAGUUCUUGGUGUUACUGGUCCUAUUUCUACAGCGUCGCCCACAUCUGACGAAAACAAAUUAAAUGAUGAGUUAAUUGAGGAACUAAAGAGAGAAAAUUCGUUUGAAACAGAACAAGAGACUUUGAAAAGAGUAGACGUGUUAAAAAUUUUGCAGGAAUUGGCUCAAAAGUUUGUCUUUAUGGUGUCUAAAAAUAAAAAUAUGAGUGAUGGUAUGGCUAAGGAUGCAGGUGGUAAAGUUUUCACUUUUGGUUCUUAUAGGUUAGGGGUCCAUGGUCCAGGCAGUGAUAUCGAUACUUUGGUCGUUGUUCCAAAACAUGUCACUAGAGAAGAUUUUUUCACUGUUUUUGAUGCACUAUUAAGAGAAAGACCUGAACUAGAAGAAAUUGCGCCUGUGCCAGAUGCUUUUGUCCCAAUUAUAAAAAUCAAAUUUAGUGGAAUAUCUAUUGAUUUGAUUUGUGCCAGAUUAGAUAUACCCCAAGUUCCACUAAACCUAACUCUUAGCGAUAAAAAUUUGUUGAGAAAUUUAGAUGAAAAGGAUUUAAGAGCACUAAAUGGUACAAGGGUCACAGAUGAAAUUUUGCAGCUGGUUCCCAAGCCCAAUGCUUUCAGAAUUGCAUUGAGAGCAAUAAAAUUAUGGGCGCAAAGGAGAGCUAUCUACGCAAAUGUAUUUGGUUUUCCAGGUGGGGUGGCAUGGGCGAUGCUGGUUGCUAGAAUUUGUCAAUUAUAUCCAAAUGCUUGCAGCGCUGUAAUUGUGGCAAAAUUUUUUCAUAUUUUAAACAAAUGGAACUGGCCCCAACCAGUUUUGUUGAAACCCAUUGAAGAUGGGCCCUUGCAGGUCCGUGUUUGGAACCCAAGAAUAUAUGCACAGGAUAGAUCUCAUAAAAUGCCUGUGAUCACGCCUGCAUAUCCAUCAAUGUGUGCUACCCAUAAUAUAAGUGAGUCUACCAAAAAGGUCAUACUAUCAGAGUUGCAAAGGGGUGCGGAAGUUUGCUCAGAGAUUUUCCAGCACACUAAAACCUGGUGUGAUUUGUUUGCCAAACAUAACUUUUUCUAUAAGUACAAAUUCUAUUUAACGGUUAUGGUAUCCACUCGUGGUACAGACGAGCAACAUUUGAAGUGGAGUGGUUUGGUAGAAAGUAAGCUAAGAUUGUUGGUUCAAAAGCUGGAACCGUUGAGUGGGAUUAAGUUGGCACAUCCCUACACUAAGCCAUUUGAGAUAACGUAUGCUUUCAAUGACAACGAGGAAUAUAAAGAUAUUUUGAAUAAGUAUGGUACACAUAAAACAGAGGGGAUGCUAUCCAUAUAUCCAGUCGUCACAGAGGAAAACAAGAAUGACAGUGAAAUCAGUAAGAUGCAGAAGGUUCAUAUAACUACCAUGUAUAUUGGAUUAGAUGUUGAUUUAGAUGAAAAGAAAAGAGUUGAUAUUCAUGUCCCAUGCACGGAUUAUUUCAAUCUAUGUCGUUCAUAUCCUGAAUAUGAAGAUGCCAAUACCUUUUCGUUGAUUAUCAGAUAUGUGAAAGUUUAUGAUUUGCCGGAUUGUGUUUACGAAGAAGGCGAGGAAAGACCGGUUAAGAAGAAUAAAAAAAGGAGGCAAUUGAAAACGGUAGAACCAAAUAAACGACCCAAAUCAGAAACGUCCUCUGAGGAUUUGCAGCAACAAAAAGAGCAACUGGCAUCUGCGGAAGUAACAACGGUUGGAGCUCAGCAGCAACAUGAAAAGCAACAGCAUAACCAUCAUCAUCCUUCCGUGGUGGUUGAGAAGACCACAGUUUAA